CCCCCCCCCCCCCCCCCCCCCCCCCCCCCCCCCCCCCCCCCCCCCCCCCCCCCCCCCCCCCCCCCCCCCCCCCCCCCCCCCCCCCCCCCCCCCCCCCCCCCCCCCCCCCCCCCCCCCCCCCCCCUUGCCUAUAUUUUUCGUCAAAAUAUUUUUCUUUCGGAAUAUGAUUUCUUACACAGGACUUGAUGCAGUUUUAAGUGCUGAAUCCGAAUCUGACCGUAUUUUUUGGUGAAAGGGUUUCUGAGCAGGCUUCACCUGAAAGACUGUGGGUUUUGGGAAAACCUGCUGGACGAUUCAGAAGCGUUUGUACUAACUGUAUUGGCCCAGCAUAGUCUGCAGACGAUUUUGGCCAAGCUUGAGCGCGUUUAAAAAAUGAAUGUGGGUGGAUUGCACACUUUGGCAAAGUGUGAAAUCCACCCACAUUCAUUUUCCUCCUUCACACACAAUGUUUCCUAACUACUAUGAUUACCAAAACGACUUUGGUAAUCAUAGUAGUUAGGAAACAUGUUAGUGUGAAAGAUAGUUUUUUCAUGCUACUUAUAGGUUACUCAUCAGAUGAAUUAGUAUAUUGUUUUACUGGUAUGUUACAGUAUUAUUCUAUACGAAAAGUACCAUCAGAUGUUAGGCGUUUUCUUUAUCAAACGUUAUUCGUUUCAUCAACUGCAAAAGCAUUUUUAUCUUCUACACAAUCUCGUAAAUCCAGCUCCGAGAGUAUUUAUGAAACAACGGAAUCGUCUCGAGAGUCCUGUGUGCUUACUCAUCAAGAAAAACGUCCAAGCGGUAAAGUGGUUGAAACAGGAGUAUGUGAUGAAUAUUGUGAUAAAAUGGGCUGUGAAAAGUCUGAAGAACAUGUGGCCUGUCUGAAUCCUGAUCAUCCGUGGUCGCCUCAUACACUCAAAUUUAUUGUCAAACACGAUCGAAAAUGUUUUAUUCGAAUAACAGAAGUUUUAAAAUAUAACCAAGCUCAUGAUUUAUGUCAAAAACACGGUUUACAGUUGGCUGUUAUCGAUGAUUUAGUAUUAUUACAGAAAUUAAAAAGUUUACAUUUGUGUAACUUUAAAUGUAAAGGUGAAUGUCCAGAUGCUAAAGGUCAUUAUAUUGGUUUAAAACGUCGUGAAGAUAAACUAAAAGAAUGGAUUUGGGCAAACAAUGUUACAUGGAUCGAAGAUCCAACUAUUGUAAGAAAAGAUAUUUAUUUACACGCUUGUGCUGAAUAUGCAAAUCAAACAAAUUUGGAUUUUGAACAAUAUGCUGAUUCUAAUGUGCUCUGCUACAUACAUAAUGGACAAUUGAAAACAACGUUAUGGAAUAAAGGUGAACCAAAUGAUUAUCGAGAUGCUGAUUAUCGAACAGGUGAACAAUGCGUAGAAAUUAUAUCACGUGGAAAUAUAGAUGAUUUAGGAAAAUUGAAUGAUAUUCCAUGUAUCAAACCAACUCUCGGUGUUAUCUGUGAAAUAAAUGAUUUGAAACCUAGAAAUCUGACAAAAUUUGAAGAUUAUGCUAUUCUUACAGGCACAAAUUAUUCACAAAAUGAAUAUUUAUUAUCCGAUUUAUUACUGAAUCAAUUAGGAAAAUUGACAGCAAAUUUAGAUUCAAUGAAUGAAAUGACUGCAGCACUUGAAUCUCUCUUGACACUACCAAGUUUCAGCACCGAUCAAGCAACAAGUGUUUUAAAUGUUGUUGAUCAAAUGGUAGACAUCACUGGCGAAGUAAAAGUAGAUGAUUCAUUAAAAUUUGUUACUAACAAAUUGUUACGUUUUCUUGAUAAAUUUCCGACAAAAAUUGAAAUUUUUAACAAUCACCAACCAACAAAUUUUGAAUUAGACAAUAUGAAUAUAUCUGUAUUUGAUACUGCCUUAACAGACGCGACAACAACUGAAUGGACAACUAUAUUAACAGAUUCUAACACGAUCGUUUCAUUGAAUAUAAAUGGAGUGAAACAUUUAAUGCUUGGUGAAAACAACAUUUCCUCUUAUCGUAUUAUCCAAACAAUAUUUUCUAAUUUUAAUUUAUUUCCAAUAAAAAAUUGUACAAACAACAGCAAUGAAGAUUGUAAUCAAACAUCAAUAUUUAUUGGUCAACCAUUAUCAUAUCAAAUAGGGAAUUUGAAUGGAACAAAUUCGUUUGAUUAUGAUUUAAUUAAAAUUAAAAUUCGUGUUCCACAGGCCGUUUUAUCACAAAAUAUUUCAUGUGUUUACUGGGAUUUCUCAUUAAAUAAUGGUUCAUGGAUACCCAAUGGUUGCCGAUUUGACGGUUAUGAUAAUGAUUAUGCUCUGAUUGUACGUACAGCAACUAAUAAUGCUAUUCCACGGGAUAUUUUAGCAUGUGGGAGUUCAGAAAUAGACGACUCUUCGGCACAAGAAUUAUGUGUUAAAAAUAUAGAUUUUAUGAAUGCAUUAGCAACGCUUCGAACACUACCAGAAGAUUUUUAG